AUGCGCGCCCUAGAGGACUUCUACGAGAAGAACCAUCCCGAGUUCGUCUCCCUGCGUACGAAGUGCAAGGAGAUCCUUCAGGAAGAAGAGGAUCUCUCCGAAAUCGUGCAGCUCGUCGGUAAGGCCUCGCUGGCCGAGUCGGACAAGAUCACGCUUGAGGUCGCCAAGAUCAUCAAGGACGACUUCUUGCAGCAGAACGGUUACACCCCGUACGAUCGCUUCUGCCCCUUCUACAAGACCGUCGGCAUGCUGAAGAACAUGAUCUCCUUCUACGACCUGGCCCGCCACUCGGUCGAGUCGACGGCCCAGUCGGAGAACAAGGUGACCUGGGCGACGAUCAGGGACCACAUGGGAGACCUCAUCUACCAGCUCUCCGCCAUGAAGUUCAAGGACCCGCAAAAGGACGGUGAGGCGAAGAUCAAGAAGGACUACGACGACCUGCUCGAGGCCAUGCAAAACUCGUUCCGAAACCUCGAGGAC